AUGGCGAAAUUACCUUUACCUCCUCAACCUGCAAAGGUUGAACCUAUAAAAAACAACCCAAAAAAAUGGCAUAUUCGAGAUGAUCCGAUUACCUGGCAGAAUUGGUAUAAACAUAUAAAUUGGCUUCACACUUCUGUACUUCUUUCAACACCUUUUAUUGCACUCUACGGAUUUUUCACUACAGAUAUUCAGUUGAAAACGUUGAUAUGGGCAAUUAUAUAUUAUUUCAUAACUGGGUUGGGAAUUACGGCAGGUUAUCACAGAUUAUGGGCUCACCGUUCUUACAAAGCAAGUCGUCCUUUAGAAAUUUUUCUUGUGUUUGCCGCUUCUGGCGCCGUUGAAGGUUCAAUUCGAUGGUGGUGCAGAGAUCAUCGAGCUCAUCAUAGGUGGACUGAUACUGAAUUAGAUCCUUAUAAUGCUCACAGAGGCUUUUUUUAUUCUCAUUUGGGUUGGAUGUUAUUAAAACAGAAUCCAUAUCGUAUGGGUCGUGCUGAUAUAUCAGAUCUUAGUGCUGAUCCUUUAAUUAUGUUUCAGGGCAAAUAUUACGGUGUAUUUGCUUUGGUACUUGGGUUUAUAUUUCCUACAAUAGUUGCUGGUUACGGUUGGGGUGAUUGGAGAGGUGGUUUUUAUUACGCUGCUAUUGCACGUCUAGUUUUU